AUGAUAGUUGUUCUACUCUGUUAUUAACGAGAUGGUGAGAUAAACGGGAUGUGGAGUAAAACUGUGCUUCAAACCAUCCGCGGCGGCGUCAGUGCACCAGACGCUCAGGAUGGCGGCGGCGGCGGCCAUGGCCGCGAGUCGCCGCCUGCUCCAUCUGCGGCCGGAGCUAGGGCUGCGCCUGCGCUCCCGUGCCCUAAUCCCCUACCCUUCCUGGACGAAGGCGAUGGGUCGUUGCCGGUAUGAGCCGUCACCGCGGAGGCUCUCGAGCUGCCGGCGAGGUGCGUACGGAGAGGGGAACGCGGCAGCCAAGAAUGAGCGGCCAUGGAGGUCGAGUUCAAAUGAGCAGCUGACUGAUGGCGAUGGCACAGCCAAGUACAUGGGCAGGAAUUUCCCCGAUGAAUUCGCACAGCUUUCUUUGGAAGAGGAGGAAAGCGACGAUGAGGUGCACGGAAUCAGCGAAACCAUGGUGAAAGAUGUGGAGAAGGCUGCGGUCGAGUUGCUUGCUGGCAGAGCAUUCACAGUUUCAGAUCUUAGGAAGAAACUACGUGCUAAGAAGUUUCCUGAUAAUGCAGUUGAUUCUGUAAUUGCUGAUUUCAAGUCAAGGGGUCUGUUGAAUGAUGGUUAUUAUGCGGAAUCUUUUUCACGAUCUCGAUGGUUAUCAUCAACUUGGGGCCCAAAGCGUAUAAAACAGGUUGGCACUUCGCCAAAAAGGGGUGCAAGAUGCAGAAGUAGACCAGGCGACAAGGAGAGUAUUCCAAGAUGGUCAUUCAAACCAGACAAUGUAUGGCAUUUCCGAGGAUUCAAUGGAUCAUCUCUUUGAGCAGGCAGCUAAACAGUGGCAGCGGGGGCAAAGCUUGCCCCUUGAGAAUCGCCGUGCACGCGUAGUGAGGUGGCUUCAGUACCGAGGGUUCAACUGGGCUGUAACCAAUGCCAUUGUUAGGAAGCUGGAAGCACAGAAACCUCCCUGAGUAUGGAAUUGAUCCUUCUCCUUUGCUGCUUUUCAACUUUGCAAUUUACAAUGGUUUGCUAUUUCUGUCGCAAGUUUAGCUUGCAGGUUCCUUCUAUAGUUAUGAAUCUGGUUUCUGAUUAACAUGCCAUUUUGAACAACGGGGAACGAUGAUUAACAUGGUCAUCAUCCAACUUACAUUAACUCAUCCAAUUGCAUGAUUAACAUGGUCAAUCAACGCAUAGGAAGCAAAAAAACAAAAAGAAAACAAUGAAAAAUGAAAAAUAAAAAAAAAAUAAAAAAAUGAGGUUCUUUUAGCCCUAAUAAUGGAUGGGUGGCAUGUAUAUAUGUUUGAUCGAUGUUCUAGGGAUGAAGAAUCAUUUACUUGGGCUUUAUUCUUACUCGUUCAGGCGUCAGCGGCGCUCGGAGACGGGCUGGAUGCGCUCCUGGCCUCCUCUGCCGGAUCGGGGGCUGCCGCUGGUCUGGCCGGGCUCUCAGCCGGCGCCUCGGAGGAUGACACGGAUAUCGCAGAGGUGCCGAUGGAGGGAACCGGAUCCUCGCUACGUCAGAGGGACGUCGGGCGCAGCUGCGCCGUUCGUUCCGCAUCCGACGGACAGGCUCGCCCACGGCCCCCCAAAAAAAAAAUACGGUCCACAUCGCCACCACGGAGCCGCAGCCGGCCGUGCCGCCGGGGACGACUGGACGAGACAAGUGGGAGACCUCUGCCGCCGCCGCCACACGGCCGCAUCCCCCGUCUCCCCGACGAAGCCCCUUCUGUCGCCACCUUCCUCCUCGUCCCCAACGCCGCCUCCGUGUCCUCCGUCAUGCGGGAGGCCUCCGCUGCUCUCCGGCGUAAAUUGAGACGCAACAGGAAUGAAGCAAUUUGAACAGAGCAAACAGUGCAUUGUUGUGAGAUUUUUUUUUUUGAGAGCAUCCUUUGUUCACAGCAAGAGAGCAUUUCUGAAGAAUUGAGAUUGAGUCAAUAUUGAAUGAGAUCUUCAAAUGUAAUUUUGAGUCUGAUCAUUGCGAUCGUGUAAAUUGAGAUUGCAAAAUAAGAAACAAGUGUUUUCAGUGCAAGAUGCUUGGAUGGUGAAUACUUCACAUCAAAAGACAUUCUUGUGCUAUACUGAAGUCUCAAUCUCUUCAGCCAUACUGAAUUGAAUUUUUUUUUUGAUGCAAUUACAAUCUACGAAUUCUCAAAUCGAUACAACAAUCAAUCUGAAAUUGACAAAGAAAUUCAAUCAUUGCAUUUAGUAUUGAUUCACAAGUCACAAUCCCAAUUUACAUCAAUUUAUAAUCUCCAUUAUCAAUUUACAAUCUCGAUCUAGGAUUCUCAUGCUGUUGCUGACUUGCAGUCACCUUCCAAUUCAGAAGCCCUCAUGAACAUUGAAACUAGAAUCAGUCAGCAACCUCGAACUACAAGUCUGCAAGUGUAUAUAACCUGCUGCUCAAGGAGUACAGCGACAUGCUCAAGGAGCAGCUCCUCAACGACGCCCGACGCCGUCACCGGCGGUGCCCUUGUCUGUCGUCUCCAUCGUCGGUGAGAGCAAGACGACACUCGUAUGCAAGGUGUACUAGAGUCCCGAGUGGGUUUAGCGAAAGGCUCGGUGAAGGCGACGUCGUCGAGGCAGGCGGCAGGCCCUGACCUCUAUGCGGGAUGCGGCAUGGAGGUCUGGUGGGGAUGGAGACGAGGGGCGAGGCCUGGUGGGGAUGGUGGCGGCGAGGGGAGGGGCUUCCUCGGGGAUCAGCUCCACCCCCGCCUGCGCCGGAGGAGACGACGUCGGCAGCGAGCGGCCGACGACCACGG